UCUUCUUCUUCUUCUUCUUUCUUCUUCUUCUAUUAAAGAACACUCAGACUCUGCUCCAAAUCUUCAAUAAUAUCUUCUUCAACAUCUCAAACAAUAAAAAAUGAAGCUUUGUUUCUUUCUCUGUCUGCUUUGUUCAUUCACAUUUCUUGCUUUGGGUUCCAAUGUCAGCUACGAUGGUCGCUCCCUCAUCAUUGAUGGCCAAAGGAAGCUUCUUCUCUCUGCUUCCAUUCACUACCCCAGAAGUGUUCCCGCUAUGUGGCCAAGUCUUGUUCAAACAGCUAAGGAAGGAGGGAUAGAUGUCAUAGAAACCUAUGUUUUCUGGAACGGUCAUGAGCUUUCUCCAGGAAAUUAUUACUUUGGAGGACGAUUCGAUCUAGUCAAGUUUGUGAAGAUUGUCCAGCAGGCUGGAAUGUACUUGAUUCUUCGGAUAGGGCCGUUUGUUGCAGCGGAAUGGAAUUACGGUGGUGUACCGGUAUGGUUGCAUUAUAUUCCGGGCACAGUGUUCCGGACAUACAAUCAGCCUUUUAUGUCUCAUAUGCAGAACUUUACAACAUACAUAGUGAAUCUUAUGAAACAAGAGAAGCUUUUCGCGUCGCAAGGGGGUCCUAUCAUCUUAUCUCAGAUAGAAAAUGAGUACGGAUACUAUGAAAAUUUUUAUAAGGAGGACGGUAAGAAGUAUGCAAUGUGGGCUGCAAAGAUGGCUGUUGCUCAGAAUACCGGUGUCCCGUGGAUAAUGUGCCAGCAAUGGGAUGCUCCAGAUCCUGUGAUAGAUACCUGUAACUCAUUCUAUUGUGACCAAUUUAAACCUACUUCUCCAAAUAGGCCAAAAAUUUGGACCGAGAACUGGCCUGGAUGGUUCAAAACUUUUGGUGGAAGAAAUCCUCACCGGCCAGCUGAAGAUGUGGCAUAUGCAGUUGCUCGUUUCUUCCAGAAAGGUGGAAGUGUGCAAAACUACUACAUGUAUCAUGGAGGAACAAAUUUUGGGCGCACAGCAGGUGGUCCAUUCAUUACUACAAGUUAUGACUACGAUGCCCCGAUAGAUGAGUACGGGUUACCUAGAUUCCCAAAAUGGGGACAUCUUAAGGAGCUUCACAGAGCUAUCAAGUUAUGUGAGCGUGUAUUGCUUAAUGGCAAAUCAGUUAAUAUCACCCUUGGUCCUUCUGUGGAGGCCGAUGUCUAUACCGAUGAAUCAGGAGCAUGUGCUGCCUUUAUUGCAAACAUUGACGAUAAAAAUGAUAGGACGGUGGAGUUUCGCAAUAUGUCAUAUCACCUGCCGGCGUGGUCGGUUAGCAUCCUUCCUGAUUGCAAGAAUGUAGUCUUUAACACGGCAAAGGUUUCUACUCAGACACAUGUAGUUUCGAUGAUUGAUGAGAAUUUGCAGCAAUCAGAUAAAGGUGCAGUGGCUUUCAAAUGGGAUGUAUUGAAGGAGAAUGCAGGGAUCUGGGGGGAGGCAGACUUUGUUAAAACCGGUUUUGUCGACCUUAUAAAUACCACCAAAGAUACCACUGAUUAUCUGUGGCACACAACAAGUAUAUAUGUUGGUGAACAUGAAGGGUUCCUAAAGAAUGGAAGCAAACCAGUUCUUCUAAUAAAUUCCACUGGUCAUGCUCUCCAUGCAUUCGUGAAUCAGGAGUACCAAGGUACCGGAACUGGAAAUGGUACACAUUCGCCAUUCUUUUUCAAGAAUCCUAUUCCUCUGAGGGCAGGGAAGAAUGAGAUUGCUUUAUUAUGCUUGACCGUUGGCUUACCGACUGCUGGACCAUUUUACGACUUCGUCGGAGCAGGACUAAUAAGUGUAAAGAUUAAGGGAUUCAACAAUGGGACAGUAGACUUGUCUUCUAGUGCCUGGAGUUACAAGAUCGGAGUACAAGGAGAACAACUGAAGUUAUACCAGGGAGACGGGUCGAGUAGUGUGAAAUGGACAACCACAUCCAAACCACCUAAAGGGCAGGCAUUAACAUGGUACAAGGCCGUCGUGGAUGCUCCGUCCGGGGAUGAACCAAUUGGAUUGGAUAUGUUGCAUAUGGGAAAGGGUCUAGCUUGGUUAAAUGGAGAAGAAAUUGGAAGAUAUUGGUCUCGGAAUAGCGAGUUCGAGGAAAAAGACUGCGUACAAGAAUGUGAUUACAGAGGCAAAUUCCUCCCUGACAAAUGUGACACUGAUUGUGGAAAGCCUACACAGAAAUGGUAUCAUGUUCCAAGGUCUUGGUUCAAGCCAUCCGGGAACAUUCUUGUUAUUUUCGAGGAGAAAGGCGGAGAUCCAACAAAGAUUAAGUUCCUUAGGCGUAAAGUAACCGGCGCAUGUGCCAAUGUUGCCGAGGAUUACCCUUCUAUUGGACUUGAUUCUCAGGGUGAAGAUAAAAUCAACAAGAACACUCCUUUUGCCCGUUUAACAUGCCCCGGAAACACAAUUAUAUCCUCAGUGAAAUUUGCUAGCUUUGGAACCCCUACUGGAAAAUGUGGAUCUUACCUUUUGGGAAGUUGCCAUGAUCCUAAUAGUAGCACAGUUGUUGAAAAGGCAUGCCUAAACAAAAACAAUUGCGUCGUAAAACUAACCAAAGAGAAUUUCAAGAACAAUCUGUGUCCUGGUUCAUCAAGGAAACUUGCAGUGGAAGCUAUUUGCAGCUGAUCAAUUCCAAGACAAGAAGAGUUGAUUGGAAUUUGGAACACUGCUUUUUACACAAUUUAUUUAUUUUUACCAGCUUAGCUACACAAAGAAGCAGAAGCAUUUUUUCUUGUAUUAAUAUUAAAUAUAAACAUAUGGCAGGGAAAUAUCCAUUAUUGUAUUUUCUUAGCAUCCAUGAGGGUCUGAAACUGCACAUUUUGAUUAACCAGUAAUGUGAGAGGAGUUCAGUCCUUUAGGGUGUGCCUAUAUGUUAGUGUUAUUUUGCAA